GCCAUUUUUGUGUAAGGAGGAGGAAGAAGAGGAAGGAGGGCCAGUCGAAUUCGAUGCCUUCGCAAAUUACUUGGCCUAGGAUAUAAGCUGAAAGCCUUCAGCGAUCCCAAGACUACUCAACUUAGCCAGCCCACUGCCCGACACAAAGGCAUCUACGCAUAGAAGCUGAACCAUACCCUCCAUGAACUCCCCAAGGCCAGUCGGCUCCCCAGCAGCGAUCGCAACCCCAGCGGGAGCUGCACCUUCGCCAUCGGCGGGGUCCCCGGUAGUGGUCGGCUCUCCACCAGCGACCGGGUUCCCAGUGACGGCCGGCUCCCCGGAAGGAGCGGGGCCUUCGGGAUCGGCCAAGCCCCCGGUAGCGGUCGGCUCCACAGCAGCGACCGCAUCCCAGGAAGCGGUCGGUUCCCCGGUAGGAGCCGGGCCAUCGGGAUCGGCCAAGUCCCCGGUAGCAGUCGGCUCCCCGAGAGGUGUUGACUCUCCGAGAAGAAUCAUUGGUCCUUCUAGAAGCAUUGGCUCUCCUAGAAGCAUUGGCUCUCCUAGAAGCAUCGGCUCUCCUAGAAGCAUCGGCUCUCCUAGAAGCAUCGGCUCUCCUAGAAGCAUUGACUCUCCGAGAAUCGUUGGCCUUCCGAGAAGUUUCAGCGGCUCACCAAUAGACAUUGACUCACCGAGAUACGUCUACUCUCCGAGAGGCAUCGGCUCUCCGAGAGACAUCGGCCCUCCGACGGACAUCGACUCUCCGAGAGACAUCGACUCACCGACAGACAUCGACUCUCCGACAGACAUCGGCACCCCGGCAAACAUCGACUCUCCGACAGCUCUCUACUCCCCAAGAGAUACGACUCAGCGAAGCAGGAGGCGAUUAAGCAUAGUCUCCUUUCAUCUGGGUCACUCCAUACGAAAAAUCGCGGGAGGUCUCGGCUUUUCGCGUCCUUUAAGUCCAACAACAGCUACACCGAUUGCUUCUCCACCAUUCCAGAGUAUCUGGCAGCAAGACGUCAUCGACAAAGUUUCGGGUGUGAACUCCGUGCCGCCACAGAGGUUCGUCGAGAAUGUAAAGUCUCUCCUGUUGGCAUCUAACGCUCCGCGUUACCGUCAGCUGCAUGCAACCAGGCCCGCAGAAGUGGUAUCUAAGUGGGUCAUUGAACCAGACGGAGCCUUCAGGGUUUAUUGGGACGCUUGCAUGUUUCUUCUCUUGGUCAUGAACGUGAUUCUGGUCCCUGUGGACAUGGCUUUCUUUUCUGGGUUCGACCAUUUUCCUUGGAUCGUCUUCUACCUGGCCACCGACGCUGUUUUCUUGGGCGACAUUGUGCUCAACUUCCUGACAGGUAUAUAUUACUUCGACGGCGAAGUGCGUGGGGUGAUUCGUGACUUGAGAAUCAUUCGAGAUCGCUACUUGGCAGGCUGGUUCGCCGUGGACUUCCUUAGCUGUCUCCCACUGGACGCCGUCGUAUGGCUCUUCAUGAAAAACCGUCAUAGGCCAUACACGAACCUUGCGUUGAGCCUGCUUAAGUUCCUGAAGAUGAGCAGACUCGUGCGCUAUGGCGGACACACGGAACGCAUGUUUUUCUUUCUGCGUUCGACCGUAUACUUGCAAAUGGUAAACCUAUUGGCUUUCGUGAUGCUCAUCACCCAUUGGAUCGCCUGCCUCCAGUUCUACGUGCCGUAUCUCACUGGAUUACCGGACGGGUCCUGGGUGGUUGUGGCCAACAUUCAGCAUUCUCCGUGGAUUGCACAGUACACCUACUCCAUGUUCGCCUCCGUGUCGCAAAUCAUGACCUGUGGCUUCGGGGCAGUGAUUCCAUCGUUGCCUGCCGAACAGUGGGUGCUGUUGUUGACCAUGUUCAUUGGAGCUGUAAUUGAAGCACUCCUCAUGGGCAGCGCUCUGAACAUCUUCGAAGACAUGGACCGCAUGCGGAGGCAUCGGGAUCGAAUGCAGGAAAUUACAGAUUACAUGCACUACCGGCGGAUUCCUAGGAAACUCAAACGUCGCGUCCGGGUCUACAUCGGUCAGCGCUUCGCCAUGAAGGUCUUCGAUGAGAAAGCUAUAUUGAGUUCGCUGUCUCCGGGGCUCAGGGAGCAAGCCAUGCGCUACAAGUGUCGUAAGGCGCUUCAGGCAGUGCCUUUCUUCGUCAGUAUGGGCGACGACUUCACCGACGAUAUAAUACAGUGCUUGCAGCCAGAGUUCUACCAGCCUAAGGACGUUAUUAUCCACCAGGAUGGACGUGGGACGAAAAUGUUCUUCGUCGACUCGGGCACUGUCGCCGUAGUCACGAAUGAAGGGUACAAGGUCACAAAGCUCUCGGAUAGUCAAUAUUUCGGAGAGCGGUGUCUGCUUCAUCCAGUGACGCGGCAAGCGAAUGUAGUUGCCGUCACCCAUUGUCACCUGCUGUCCCUCACGGCAAAGGACUUCCACGCCGUGAUCAAGCGGUAUCCAACCGUACAGAUGUUCUUCAACGAACUCCAGCAAGAAUCCCUCAGCACAUCUGCAUUACAGAGCUACGCACAAUCUGGUUUUUCAACAAGAGUUACAAUCAUGGACGACUACUCUGAUGUAUCCUACAAUUAACGGUCUAUUUAUUAAAAUUAUUCGUCUUGCAAGUCGAAGCAUAAACUACU